AUGUUACCUACGACAGCACUUGAGGUUGCCAUGAGCGACAUUGAGUUCUUCGGUCUAGUCGCUCUGGUGCUUGAUAGCAAAGAGACGACAAUACAAAUACCGCCAGACGGCGCUGUUUUCGACGACUAUUUUGAAAGCUUGGGUAAGAAGGCACAAAACCUUUCCACCAACGACCAAAAAAAUGAUGUUGCGACGGAUGGCACAUUGGAGUCUGAUGAAGACCAAAGAGUGGUAGAUGAAAUCGAGUCAUUAUGUAUGAACUGCCAUGAAAAUGGAAUCACCCGAUUACUCCUCACUCGAAUUCCUUACUUUCGCGAAAUUAUCCUUAUGUCCUUUUACUGCCCGCACUGCAACUUCAAGAAUGCCGAAAUUCAAUCUGCUGGAGAGAUUCAACAAAAAGGUUCGAGAUUUGAAUUGCGUCUCACCACUCCCGAAGACUUCGCCAGACAAGUAGUAAAAUCUGAUACUUGUAUUGUAAAGUUUAUUGAAUUGGAUCUCGAGGUUCCGCAAGGACGAGGACAGUUGACAAAUGUGGAAGGUCUUUUGAGCAUGAUCCUUGAUGAUCUUGCUCUCAAACAACCGGAGCGAAAAGAGCAAAUCCCAGAAGUAUACGUCAAAGUUGAAGAAGUAAUUACCAAAGGUCGAAAGAUGCUCGCAGGCGAGGCCUUCCCCUUCAGAUUAUCUAUUGAUGAUCCAGCAGGAAAUUCGUGGAUUGAGCCAGAUCAGAAAGAUGGUGUAGGAAAACUCGCAAAGAUCCAAUACCCACGAACCCCAGAACAAAAUGAGGUUCUUGGCCUCGGUGGUGAUGAGGAGGCCACUGAAACACAAGCUGCAACUGGAGGACAACCUACUGCCGCAACUUUCGAGGAUGAUGAUAUUAUUCCCAACGAAGUUUAUUCUUUCCCAGCUACCUGCCCUGGUUGUACAAAACAUUGCGUCACACAUAUGAAGAUGGUCGACAUCCCCCAUUUCAAACAAGUUGUCCUUAUGAGUACAGUAUGUGAGCACUGUGGGUACCGUUCGAAUGAGGUUAAGACUGGAGGUGAAGUGCCGGAGAAGGGCAAAUGUAUUACUCUCAAGGUUGAAAGUGCCGUGGAUCUGGCCAGAGAUAUUCUCAAGUCAGAGUCAUGUGCUUUGGAAUGCCCUGAACUCAAACUUUCGGUAAACCCUGGAACCUUGGGAGGAAGGUUCACCACUGUUGAAGGUCUCCUUGUACAAGUUCGAGACGAUUUACAUCAACAAAUUUUCGAUGUAGGUGAUGAUGCAGGAGAAGGUGGAGAUGGUAUGAUUUCAGAAUCUAAGAAGAACUGGAAGGCAUUCUUUGAUGGUAUUGACGAGGCAAUCAAGGGCGAGAGAAAAUUCACCAUUAUCCUCAGGGAUCCAUUGGCUAGCAGUUACGUACAGAAUUUGUGUUCACCAGACGCCGAUCCAUUGAUUGAGACAGAGGAAUAUGAGAGAACUGCCGAUGAAGAAGAGGAUCUUGGUUUAUCGGACAUGAAGACAGAGGACUAUGUAGACGAGGUGGGAAAUGAAAAGAAGAGAGUCGAGGCUGAAAAGGCCGAAGCCGAGGAGAAAAAAGAAUAA